CUUUGUCGACUUGAGCGCCACCAUCCAGUGAAAAACGCGAGUGUUUUUUCCUGCUCCAGGAUUUUAUGUGAUAUUUCCUUGAUCUGUCUGUGUUGAAUCCGGAUAUGGCUAUCUUUAGUGUUCUGAGACUCCCAGUCACCCUGAGGAGUGGUCACGUGGGCAGAUCAGUGGCGUUUAAUCCUCGGUACUUCUCCUCGCAUGCCCAAUUUGCAGAGCACAAGCCUCUGCAGAAGAUCCGGAAUAUUGGAAUAUCCGCUCACAUCGACAGCGGCAAAACGACACUCACGGAGCGGAUUCUGUUCUACACCGGUCGGAUAAACACGAUGCAUGAGGUGAAGGGCAAGGACAAUGUGGGCGCUACGAUGGACUCGAUGGAGCUGGAGAGACAGCGCGGGAUCACCAUUCAAUCCGCGGCUACGUACACCAUCUGGAAUGACCACAAUAUCAACAUAAUCGACACUCCUGGGCAUGUGGACUUCACUGUGGAGGUGGAGAGAGCCCUUCGCGUCCUGGACGGAGCCAUUCUGGUCCUGUGCGCUGUCGGCGGUGUCCAGAGCCAGACUUUGACGGUCAAUAGGCAGAUGAAGCGGUACAAUGUUCCCUGCUUGGCCUUCAUCAACAAACUCGAUCGAAUGGGCGCGAAUCCCUAUCGAGUUCUGCAUCAGAUGCGCUCCAAGUUGAAUCACAAUGCCGCCUUCCUCCAACUGCCCAUUGGUCUGGAGUCCGAGUGUCAGGGCGUGGUGGACAUUGUGAAGAACGAGGCAAUCUUCUUCGAAGGUGAUUUCGGCAUGAAGAUCCGUCGCGACGAAGUGCCACAGAACAUGAGAACCGAGACGGAGGAGAAGCGACAGGAAUUGAUUGAGCAUCUCUCGAAUGUGGAUGACACACUUGGUGAGCUGUUUCUGGAGGACAAGGGAGUGACUGAGAAGGACAUUGCGGCUGCCAUUCGACGAGCGUGUCUGAAGAGGAAAUUCACGCCGGUUUUACUCGGCACAGCGCUGAAGAAUAAAGGUGUGCAGCCUCUUCUGGACGCCGUGCUGGAUUAUCUGCCCAAUCCCGGUGAGGUGGAGAAUACAGCGCUGGUGGAGAAGGAGGGACAGCCCACUGAGACAAUCGUGCUCAAUUCGGCACGAGAUGAUUCGCAUCCCUUCGUUGGACUGGCAUUUAAGCUCGAAGCUGGACGUUUUGGGCAACUCACGUAUCUGAGAUGCUACCAGGGAUGUCUCAGGAAGGGUGACAACAUCUACAACACACGCACGGAUAAGAAGGUGAGGAUCUCGCGACUGGUGCGGCUGCACUCGAAUCAAAUGGAGGAUGUAAAUGAAGUGUUUGCCGGGGACAUUUUCGCCCUGUUCGGCGUGGAUUGCGCCAGUGGUGACACUUUUGUGCUGAAUCCCAAGUCACCGCUCUCGAUGGAGUCCAUCUAUGUGCCCGAUCCGGUGGUGUCGAUGUCAAUUGUGCCGGCUAACAAUAAGGAUCGCGACAACUUCUCAAAGGCCAUCGCGCGGUUCACCAAAGAAGAUCCCACAUUCCAUUUCCACUACGAUACCGAUGUGAAGGAGACUCUCGUCUCGGGCAUGGGCGAGCUGCAUCUGGAGAUCUAUGCGCAGCGAAUGGAGAGGGAGUACGGAUGUCCGGUGGUGCUGGGGAAGCCCAAGGUGGCGUUCAGGGAGACUCUGGUGGCGCCCUGCGCCUUUGACUAUCUGCACAAGAAGCAGUCCGGCGGACAGGGACAGUAUGGACGCGUGACGGGGAUUCUGGAGCCUCUGCCGCCCACGCAGAACACACUGCUGGAAUUCGCGGACGAGACGAUAGGCACGAACGUGCCCAAGCCCUUCAUCCCAGGCAUUGAGAAGGGAUUCCGCGCCAUGGCGGAGAAGGGACUGCUCACGGGCCAUCGACUGGCGGGGCUGAAAUUCCGUCUGCAGGACGGCGCUCAUCACAUGGUGGACUCCAGUGAGUACUCUUUCUUCCUGGCCGCCCAGGGUGCCAUUCGGGAUGUGUUCGAGAAUGGCGCGUGGCAGAUCUUGGAGCCCAUCAUGUCGGUGGAAGUGACGGCGCCAGAGGAGUUCCAGGGCGCAAUCCUGGGACAGCUGAGCAAGCGACACGGCAUCAUCACCGGCACGGACGGGAAUGAGGGCUGGUUCACGACGUACGCCGAAGUGCCGCUGAACGACAUGUUUGGCUACGCCGGAGAAUUGCGCUCGUCGACGCAGGGCAAGGGUGAGUUCACGAUGGAGUACUCACGGUACUCGCCCUGCUUGCCGGAGGUGCAGGAGAAGCUCAUCCAGGAGUACCAGAGAUCACAGGGUAUCACAGUGGAUGAGCGGAAGAAGAAAAAGAAUUGAAUUUUAGAGUAGUUGAAAUACAAAAAUUACAAAC